AACACCAGUCUAGAAACAGUUAUAUAACAUUUUCUAACACACACCUCUCUCUGUAUUUCACACCACUGAAAAAUAGUCCCUUUGCAGCAGGUUUCUUUUUACACAUGCAGAUUUCUGCGUCCACGUCAGCUCGUAGACACGCGCAUGUUUGGAUGAACGAGGUGGACAGCACGCGGGGCGCAAAUCAGCAGCACCAGGCUGCUUGACCGACCGAUGAUGAUGAUAUAAACAUGUGACUGCUGUGUUGUCGCUCAGUUACAGCUACACCUGCCGGGAUUACACACACACACACAGGUCUCUUCUCUGCGUUCGUGAGGAAAGAAGCUGCUGCCGGGAGAGGAGGAUGGACACCACGGACCAAAGUGCUCAUGUAGAGCCGCUGCUGCCAACGGUAACAAGUCCUGGUCUCUGGGGACACAUAUUUACUUAAGCAGAUCAAUAUUUAAGGCGCCUCUGUAUACGGGCUGCCAGGCUUGAUUUAUCAUCUUCCAAAAGGCAGGUGGUAAAUUUUUAAACAUGUUUUGUUUUGGCAAUGCAGGCAUCCUUGAAAUACUUAAUGUCAAGUCAGUGGGUGUAAAGAAGCUACCUGUGGAGUUUCACUCAAGUAAACAAAAGCAAUGGUUGGAUGUUAGAUAUGAUACUACUUCUCUUCUAAACAUUUUUAUUCAGUCUAUUAUUUUAUUUUUCAUUAUGAUGCUGUUCUAUUUAACAAUGUGCAAUUUACACUUAUUUAUGUUCAAUCAUAUCAUGUACAUGCAGUAUAUGACAGACCUCCUACUGAUGUGGUUUAUUCACACAAACCUUGUUAAAUGAGGUGUUUUGUGUCAAACUAGGUGCCAAAUGCAACAAAUGUUCUGCAGGAUGAUGCUGUCCUGACAUACUGCAGCUACAGACUGUACAAAUUCAUGCUCAGGCAGCUAUCUCCCACACACAGACAUCCUUACAGAACCAACCUGCAAUAAUCUCCACAAGUGUUAUGGGAGACUUUUGGUCAGUCCUAUAGAUAUGAUGAAAGCAAAGCUGAAAUCCCUCAGGCUAUGUUUCGAGACACACGUGGGCAGUCCCUGUAGGUCUUUGCUGAUCAUUUGGAGGAGAUUUGUUAUUAUCCAUUUGCUGUUUACAUAAAAAAAAACAGAUUUUUCCAUUUAGCGAAAGGCUUUAGGCUGACAGGGUUUUGGCUUGGAGAGCGUCAUUGGUGCUCUGGUGGUUGUUUUAGAGCCGCAUGGCUUUGGUUUGAAAAUCUAAGGUCACAGCUUGACCCGAAGAGUCAGUGAGCAUUUAAGAACCUAAAAAUAACAUCAGGGUGGAUGCUAAUCUGAUUUGGAGUGAAAAUGUUUGGAUGUGGAUAUAAUACUGGAAGGUGACACUAGAAACUUUAAAGUUAAAGCGAUGACUUUUUCAUGUUUCAGGUCAACUCUCCUUUCGGCUCGUCAUCUGGUCGUGGAAGUUUGGUGAGUUGCAUGCUGUGGAUUUUUUUUUUACUCACAUCACUAUAAAUUGCAAGAAUGAAAAAUAUCUUCCAAAGAGUGCAAGCUGAAGCAGUGGAGGAGCCUCCGGACUGAAGACCAAGUUGAUUACAUGUGACACGAUGAGCUUAUCUGUAGCUUAACUUGACACUUAGAGCAGAAUGAGAGAGGAGACACGGCAUGAAUGAAGCUUUGUCUUAAAUGCUGCUGCUGCAUGGGCACUGCAAUGAUGUCACAGUUAUAAUCUGGCGAUGAGUGACUGGUGGCUCUGCCCAUGGAUGCUCAAUCACAAAUUACAGCUGUUUGACACAACAGAAGGGGAUGAGCUGCUAUCAGGCAUGAUGUGAGGCGGAGAAGUAGGAGUUAGCAGAGCAGAGCUCAGCUUUCAGAGAGAGGCUCAGUCCGCCUAAAGUGAUUAUUUAGCGGAGGAUACCGAGGUUAAGCUCAUGCAUUCUGAGAACUUGGAUGCUCCCUGGCUCCACAGGUAUAAGGUAAGACAAGACUUGAUCUUCAUCUUCGCUGCUGUGAUCAUCAUACAGUGAGUGUAUGCUGAUGUUUCCUGACUAUGUGUAUGCAUACAGGAGAGCAGGUUGACCCAGACUGUUGCGUGAAUGUUUUUCAAUCUUUUUUGGUGGUCUGAAUGAGAGGUAGACUGAUUAUCGGGGCUGAUAUUUAGUAUUUGGACGAUUAUCUGUAUCACUGUGCUGUUUUUCAGAUGACCGAUGGACUUAAUCUACUAAAGAGUAAGCUACUUUGGCUCCUCUGCUGGUCUGUCUCUCAUUUUUGGUCCAUAACAUGAUCUCAUAGGCCAGAUGUCACACAACCAUGUGACGUAAUUGUGGAUAACUACAAGUUCCUGGAUGUUGAAAGUUUCAGUUUUGAUGGAAAUGUUACAAAAUGCAUUCAAGCAGACUUUAGUGUUUGAGUGAAUGCGUAUCAGUUUCAAAGAUCAAUUAUUGGUAGAUAACCCCGUAUCAGUAUCAGCCCUGAAAAAACUAUAUUGGACCAAACAAGACCGUGUUUCGCAAGCAGUGGUAUCUGAUGCUGUUCUUUAACAUUAUGACCUACCAGUUUGACAAUCUAAAAACAGCUAGCUGGGUUUCCAGAUAUCAAAGUGGGGUUGGUUGACUUUUUUAUGUAUCCAAAGUUCUGUGCAAAUGAGCUUCUUUUUCCCCACAAACUACCCCUGAUCCUUCUCACAGAUGGCAGGUAGAUGACCAUUAUCCACCAAACAUGAGCUCAAAGCUCUAAAACACCUUAAAAGGCAUCUGAAAAAAUUAAGCACUACUUAUGCGACCUCUUACAGGAUGUUGAAGUUUGCAGCGGGGAAAUUGAAGGAUUAUAGUGCAUUUUGAGCCACAUGAAAGCCUGUGCUGUUAAUGAUAUUGCUGCCACUGAUGGUUGCAAAACUGCCUCAGCCAUCUGUAGGGAUCAGGUCCAAAUAUGUGCCACAUCCUGUGAUAUCACUUCAGCUGUGCGGUUUGCCAGGCCUUGAAUUUGACUCUGCUAGUUAAGUAGAUGAUUCAUGGUAAAAUGUCUGAAAAGCAGCAGUUGGUUUUGUUUUGGCUUGGAGGGGGUAACUGGAUCAUUAUACUUUCUUUGGAUUCCUGUUUUUAUUCCCAAAACCUGUUUAGAUUGAGCACUGAACAAAUCUGGUCCUGGUCUGAUCAUCAUACCUGAGUUUUUCAAUCUUUUUUUUUUUAUUUUUUUUAUGGUACACAGAGUUAGGAGCCUUUCUUCUGCAUUUACUCCAAGUCCCUGCUCACAUCAUAACACACAGUUUCACUCACACUCUACAAAGAUGAGGAUAGUUUUGCAUGCUGAUAAUUCCUGAUAAUUUUCACUAGGGGUGUCCUGGUACAACUUUUUGACUUCUGAUACGUUACCGAUAUUGUAGCCUUCAAUAAUGACCGAUACGGAUAUUGAUCCGAUAUUGGCACAAAAUUGUGCAUGUUUUUCACUUGACUGCAACGUCUUUUUCAGACUUAAACAAAAAAUACUGCUUAACGGCUGACAUCACUCUUACUCCUUGUUACUUUGUUAGUACCUUAGUACACACUGUUGUUGUGAUUUUGUGCGCUCAGCUUGUUGGAUCAGGGUGCUGCUAGAUAGAGAUGCCGGAGCUUGUAUCGGCUGAUUUCGGAGAUUUUAGAUGCAGGCCGAUAUAAUCCGAUAUUCAUUCUUUUUGCUGAUAUCGGACUGAUAUCCAAUAUCAAAAUCAUAACGGGACACUCCUAAUUUUCACUACAGCCCACAUUGCAUCCAGGUCUGAUAAUUUGGAUUGAAGUCACUCACUUUUUAUACCUGUUAGGAAAAUAGUUUUCCUAUGGCGCUGAUGUAGAAGGGGUUGAGUAGGAGAAAAUGACAAGAACAGUGAAACACAACUUUGUCCUAAAAUUUUGGAUAAUGUAUCCCUUGCUUUCUUUUGUGAAUUCCCAGGGUUCAAUCCAGGACUAACAAUAUCUGCUCAGAGCUGUCUGUAAAUUAGGGCACUAUUAUAAUACCGCGACACAUACGGCUUUGGUGGUUCAAAGGCAAAUUUAAUUAAAAAAAAUAGUGCAAUAAGAGUGGCACCAGACGGUAAUACGGUUUGAAUGAAUCUGACUGCACAAUGCACAGUUAAUAUGGGCUAAUGUGACGUGUGUUGUGGUAACCAGUGGCUUAGUCUGAGCAGAUAUCCGCCCUGUGUAUUUGUACACAGAUUAUCAACAUCAGCCCCAUGACCUGGAUAGUCCAUGUGGCACUGCUGCUGUGAACAGCAGAGACCUUUACAAUCAAAAUGCCUCGCUGGUCAACUGGUGGUGAAGAUGGCUCAGCUGAUCCUAAGCCAGCACUAUGGAUGAAAACACUUCAAUUAAUUCUAAGAAUAGGCCAGUUGUUAAGAGUUAAUCCAGCAGUAAAGGCAGACAGUUCUGAGUAUUUAAUAUCAAUGUGUUUAGUAUUUAAUGGGGCAGCUGUUGCUUGGUGGUACAGUUGAUCAACUCUCAACUUAAAGGUUAGAGGUUCCCAGUCCAUGUCCACAUGCAUGUCCCUGGGUCUUACACUUAACCCCAAACUGUGUGAACGAGAUUAGAUAAUACUGGUGAGCACUUUACAUAGCAGCAGCUCUGCCAUCAGUGCGUGAAUGAGGUGUGAACGGGUGAUGUAAUGUAUAGUAAAAGUGCUUUGAGUGGUCAGAAGACUAAAGGGAGUACUGUGUAAUACAGUCCACUUAUCAUUAUUCAUUAAAAGCCCGGCUGCUGAAGCCUGGAUUUACAGAGAACUGCUGUGAGAGGUGUGCUUGAAUCUUUACCUAUACUGUACAUUGGCGCACAAUAAACAACAGCAUUCUGUCAAAUGUUCUCGAUGCUAAGUAGAAAGUUGGCUCAAGCACUCUCAGUUUUGUGUUGCUUGAAUACACGGUUUGGAAGAGUUGCAGAUUGCCUUUGGGAAAGGGUUCGCCUGUGUGUUUAAUCAGAUAACAGUAAACACAUGCACAAGAAACAGGCAACAGGUGAAGCUAGAAGAUUAGGCUGGUGUUACAAAUACAAAAAAGUGCUCCAACUCUUGAUAGUGAGAACUAUGAUGAAACAGGGCAGGUAAGGCCAAUAUGAUAUAAGCGAAACCCAUCAGACAGGGCAGACAGUUACAUAAGUGAGAAACUGCUCCCAUUUGGUUUAUAGGAGCUGGAUCUUUGAGCCAAGUUGUCUAACACUUAGACUUCCUCCCCACCUCUGUGUGGAUGUAGGCUACUGCCAUAGUUCUGCAUUGCUGUGAAGUACAUUUAUGCGAAAACAACAACGUUGAAGAAAAUAGAAAUUAAUGGUCUGAAUAACUGUUUUUCAAAUCAGUGCUCAUGUUAAAAGUGGAUAAAAAGUGAAUAGCAAUAACUAGCAAUUAACACGUUUAAGAAACAACAGAUGUGUCCAGUCCUGGAAGUGUCAGAUGAAGAUUUGGCUAAACUGAACAUACAAAACUCAUCAGUGUUUAAUAUUCAUGUUUUAGACAUCUGAGUAAUUAAAGUCAGACCCAGAUUGGUCUGUUUGGUGGCCAGUAGAAUGAGAAUAGAGCUGACAGAGUUAUAACAGAAUUGAAGUUUCACACUCAUAAGAACAAAGUAAUGAUAUAAUGAGAAUAGAGUACUAAAUUUGAUAUUACAAGUGUAAGGGUGUGAUUUUAAGACAAGUAAAGCUGUAAGCUUAAGUAAAUUUGCAAACUCCUAAAAAGUCAUAAAUUUGUGAAAAUAAAGUCUCAAACUCUUGAGAUUGUGCACAAACAGAGCAUGGUACAGUGUUUGAAAAACUAAAGUAGGGGAGUAUUGUGUCAAGUAUUGUGUCAGUGCAGAGUUAUAAGCAAUCAAAUAGAGAGUGUGAACAUGUGUGAAAAUGUCAUUAAACAUAGCCACUGAACAAACGUUAACAUAAAAUAUUAUGCAACUGUUUUUUUUUCUUCAAAUUCCUGACCACUUUUUCUCGCUUUCUCCUCUCCUUUAAACCACCGUCCUCUCUGUAAAAAUAAAGUCAGAAUUUCAACAUGACAAAUGCUGAUAAACAGCAAACUCUCUAUGCUAAUUUCAGUCUCUUUUAAACAUGUGACAACUAACCCCAAAAUGACUGAGACAUGUUGACCCAAACUACCAUGUUUGCUAAUUCUAGCUCUAGCUUAGAGUGAGUUUAAAACAGAACAAUGACUGAGGUAUGACAGGAUGUCUUAAUCUCUCCUCUAACAAGUCCACAUGUAUCAGUGCUAGCAUUUUUAUCUGGUAGAAGCUUAUUUUAAAGUAUAUUAAGUUAUCUUUUUUUACUUUGGGUUGUGCGAAAUGGUUAGUUGGCGCUCAUCUCAGCUCACAGGCGACAGGACACGACCUCUGACCAUAUAAAGGAAGAAAACUAGUAUUCCACUUUUAGUUGCUUCCUCUGGUGGCAAAGUUAAUUGCAAUGUGGCAACUUACCCAUGUGACAACAAGCCCCGGUCUCCCCUACAACUUUAGAGGACCCUCCACCUCAGUUUAAUGCUGACAGCUGGCUGUUCUCAACAUUGCCCAUUGAAAACACUUUUUGUAUUACUACUGUCAAUCUGUGAUUUUAAAAGAAAAAUCCAAUAGUUUCUAUUCUGUGACUGCAUCAAAAUUUCUUACUGUUAUAUCAAUGUAGGCAAUUUAGAGAGGCACAGACUUGGGCUGUCACUGUUGAACAUAGCCAAAGGUUUGGGUGUAAAGUUGUUAAAAACCUUAACAGAGCACAAAGACAGGAAUAUAGAAGACAGAAAUAACAAGCAGUUGAGUGCUUUAGAUUAGAAUAUUUAUCCGCAGUCGAAGUAAAUUAGUUUACAAAAACAGUAAGACAAAUGUUUUUGUCUUUUUUAACAUCUUCCCAGUUUUGCUGAAGAGUUUUCUUCCCUUCCCCAUCUGCACCAUGAUGCCACACUCACAGGUUGUGAGUGGGCGGCUUGUCUUGUUCCAGGACAGACUGAAGAAGUAGUUGUUGACCAGUGACCUCAGCCUUACCAGCACAGCCUCAGAUACUUUCUUCACACUCUGCUUACGACACCUCUGUGAUGUCUGGUACCCCUGUUAGCACUGUCCGUUAGCCCUGAUCGAAACGGCACAUUUUGGCUGUGGAAACCCCGGCCAUGUUGUGUUAAUGUUUUAGUGUUUGAUUCAGAAUUCAUCUGAGUAACAAUGAAAUGCUACAAUCCUAGAAUGAAUCACAGAGUUUCUACAUGAACACAGAAAAACCGGAGAUUGGUUUGUCCUCUUCAGGCGUUUUCAAAUAAAAAAUGUUUUCUUUUUCUCUACCACAGAUUCCCUUUUACCACCUACUCCCUCUCAUCUUCUUUCUCAAGUGUUAUAUAAGCAGGCUAACAUUCUCACACCACUGAAUACUCUCAGUGAUCAGACUCUAAUCAAGUCCAUGCAUGUGCCCCGAGCUCUGUCAUGCGACGGCAGAGAGAGUGGAAGUCUGGCUGCAGGGUUCUUAGUGGGCUUUAAAGACAUGUAACUCCUUGUCCUAUGAGAGUGCUGUUUUUUACUUGGGUCAAAUGAAGAGCAGUUGUUCAGUAAUUGUGAGGGGAAAUCCAUCUGCCUGGUGGUUCUGGGAAUUUUUUUUGGACCAACCACCGUCCCCUCUUGUAAUCUGACAAGAGCUCUGCACUGAGGAUUAUGUUCUUUUUUGCAGUGCCUGUUCUCUAUGAAUGUCUAUGUGGCCUCUAAAAGAAAAAAAAAGCAGAAAUCCAGUUUGGAUCUUCUCCAUGUUGACGGGUCUUGCACGCCUGGUGCGUGCUCUGAAUUAGUAACAUCAUAUUAGGGCUCACAGCCAGAGAAAUAUUACACUAGUUUGAAAUGUGGGUCUCUCUGCUCAUGUCAAGAACAAGUGUGAUGAAAAGAUGAAAGUGGAUAAGACAGAAUAUGGCUGAAUCUAGUGUGAUCUUUCUAAAACAACAAAGUGACAUAAAUACUAACAAAGAGUCAAGCAGACAUUCACCUUUUCAUUUUCAAUUCCAUUAUUGCAAAGAAAGGGCUCUGAACACAGGUGAAGUUUGGGUCUGCCCUAAAAAGCUGUCUUUCUGGACUCAAAUGAUUCUCUCGCCUAUUCAACAAGAUACCCGCAAUUUGUCUCUAUGGCAACCGUGUUAUUAGGUUUGCUAAUGUGUUUGUUCUUAAUACCCUCUACAGAGAGGCCAAGCCAAGUCAACCAAUAUUUCCGGCUUAGUUCAUGCUGCAUUAGUCAAAGGAAAGAUAUGUUGCGUCAUGUUUAGCACUAUUAAUGGAAAGAAAGUACUUGAUAGUUUUUUAAAUGUGUUGUGUUUGCUACUGCAUCCAACAGAGAAAUGAAGACGAGGCCGUGGUGGACAGAGGAGGGGCGCGAUCCCAACAAGGAACCAACUUCGAGCAGGAAGAUCUUGAAGGUACCUCAAAAACACUAAAUGCAUCUGCAUUACAAAAAGCUUUCGAGCCAUGAAAAGCUGCUGCAGCUGAGUCCGCCUACUCUGUCUUUACAAAUGCUGCUUCUCUCUUGACAGCUUUUUCAAAGUAAAAAAGACCAGAGCAGAGUGGGAGGACAGUGGGAGAGCUGAGUUUGCAUCAGUGAUUUCACAGUCACUCAAAACCUGGACAAAAGCAACUAAGACACAAACAGGACAGUUGAGUAAACAGAGAUGAUAAAGGCUGGCAGCUGUGUAUGCAGAUACAGGCAGCAAUAAAGAAACUUGACAGGAAUCAAAGCUCCGAUCAUGAACUUUUUCUUUAUACUGAUUUUGGCAAUACCUGUGGACUAGGGCUGGGCGAUAUGGCUUCAAAUCAGUAUCAUGAUUUAUUGAGUAGUUCACCUCGACGACAAUAAAGGGACGAUAACUACUCCAUAAGCUGCUCACCCUCUCCCACAUUACCUUUGUCUACUUCAGUCGCCUCUCCAGCCGCUACAACUUUUGAAGCGUCCUCCAUCUCCUCACCUGUCUUUCCCUCUUUGUUACAGACUUAAUGGGGUGGAGUCACAUCUCCAACGUAGGACAGCAUCUUAAAGGGACAUGAGACCACACCAAAACCAACUUUUAUUUAUUUAUUUUUUUGACGCUGAAUAUAUUGACAUGGACAAAAUAAUGUCGGUUAUUGUCGUAAAUUUCGGUAUCUCUAAAUAUUUGGUUUAUCGCCCAGCCCUACUGUGGACAGGGUGAAAAGUGUCACCCUUCUUUCUCAUAACAGUCAAAUGUAUGGUUUAACUUAUUUAGAUUCUUUGCCUUGGAAAAUGGAAACAACAAGCAGGUGAAUAUUCUGUCCUCACAGUUGAUGUUUUAUAAGGAACUUUGACAAGAGCCAAGACAGACUGGGUCAGACUAUCCUUAAAACUGCAGCUCUUCCCAGUCCAGAGUGGUCAGUACCAGCCAAAAAAAUGAUGAUAAAAAAAUAUUAAAAAAAAAAAAAAAAAAGGAAAAGCAUGUGAACCAAGCGGCCUCUGCUCAUUGAUGUAGGGGGCGAGUAUCGUCUGGCCUGUGCGGAGCUAAAGCUGCUGAAAAAGUAUCUGCUGGCUCUGGUACAAAGGUGUCAGAAAACACAAUGAAUCACAGUUCGACGUGUGUGGGACUGUGGAGCUGCAGACCAGUUGGUGUGCCAAUACUGACCCCUGUUUAUGGUGGAAAGAGUCUACAGUACACAAUGGACUAUGGCAGGUUCGGGGUGUUGACUUGAUCUUUAAAAUCAGGACUGUAAGUUUCUGUAGUGAACAUACUGUAACCAUUAUACCACAGCACACCUUUGGAGGUCAAUACUGAUUGGUCCAGACCUGGUGAGAGGGGUAUAUAGCAGCUUGUCAUAAUAACACUAUGGCUGUUUUGAAAGGUGUUGAAGGUGACACUGCUGUUCGGUGGGUUGUGUAAUUUGUCACUGAGACUUAAAUUCUUUGCUGAGUCUUCAUCCGUUUUCAUUAGAGCACAAGAGUCGUGUUUAUUUCAGAAAACUUCUGUUGUUUAUUCUCCCUGCUUUUCAGCAUAGCCGUACAAAUCACUCUGUAGAGUACUGUAUGUACUGUAUCUGCUUGUCUGAAUCUCUGUGUCAUAUUGCAGUGAGCUGAGUGGGCUGACUUACGAGUGCAAACACAGACACGCUCUCGCUCUGUCUCUCCCUCCUUAUGCUGUCUCAUACCUGCAAAAACACAAACAUUCCCACAGAUACUGAGCAAGGCUUUUUUAAAGGGAUUAAGACUGAUAUAUGGAUUGACAACCAGGCAUACUUGUACGAGACCAAUGAUGGACACAUGUUAGUUACGAGUUUGGACAUGAGAGGGAACAAAAUGAGAGAUAAUGUCUUCUGUAUUUUUUCAUGCAUAAUCUGGCAUUUUAGUCAGGGUUGUAUGUAGACCUGGGCGAUAAAACGAUAAUGAUAUGUAUCAAAAAUUAAUUUCCCUUCAUCUCAAUAUAAGACAUGGUCAAUAUGCUUUCGGAUAGCUGGCAUUCAUGUUUUGGUAGACUAUACUAACCUUGCCCCCCCUUACCUCUCCGAUCACCUCCACAUCGCCACCCCCUCACGCUCCCUCAGAUCCUCCUCCUCCCUCCACCUCUCUGUCCCCUCUGCCCGGCUCAGCACCGUGGGGAGCAGGGCUUUCAGUCGCUCUGCCCCCAAACUCUGGAACUCUCUCCCCCCGGACCUCAGAAACAUGGACUCACUACCCCACUUUAAAUCCAAACUCAAAACACACCUAUUCCAAAUUGCAUAUUCACUUUAACUGUCCACUUUCACACUUGUAUGUUGUUUUUAUUUAUUUUAACUAUGUUUCUGUGUUUUUAUGCCCUGUACAGUGUCCUUGAGUGUUCAGAAAGGCGCUUUUAAAUAAAAUGUAUUAUUAUUAUUAUUAUAGCCUAUGAAAAGGGGAGUUACUCCGAGUCCGCUAGGCACUGAACAGGCGCCGGUGCAGUCGAAACAGCUGACCAUUCAGUUCGCUUUCUCUUGUGCAACGCCUUACGACAAAACGUUGAAGAGAACCAAAGACCUCACCGAUGCAGUAGCUUAUUGUGUUGCAAAAGACUUGCUACCAAUAAGUACUGUUAAAUUUCAUUUAAGAAUAACAGGGAACAUUUAAGAUUUUUUUUAUACUGUGAUAUUUAUCGACAUCGACUGAUAUGAAAAAAUAUAUCAUAAUAAACUUUUUCCCAUAUCACCCAGCCGUAGUUGUAUGGUUGAAUACUGUUACAUUAGUAUGAUUUCUGUACAAACUCAGUGAACUAAGAAGGCAGGUAUUAAAACAGUUCAAUGUGAUGAUGUUCAGUUGCCCCAAGAUUAACCCUUUCUGACAACAGUCAUUGUUUUUAUUGUUCCCUAAUCCUAUGUUGGCCAGUUAAUUCUGAUAAUGUAUUAUUACAGAGCAUUUACAGGUGGUAUUUACUUGUUGCAUUAUGUAGUGUUGCACAUUAUACACUGUUUAUGCAUAGCGUAUAAUCUGUGGUGCAGCAAAUCACAGUGCAACACUCAUCAUGCAGCAAAAACCUACAACAGAGAGAAGAGGUAGCGCUUAACCGUGAUCAGUGAAAUCAUAAUGAUUAUCUGUUAAGCUGCUGACAGGGACAGUGUGCGCACACACACACACACUCACAAAUGCAGUCGCAUUGCAGAUGACCCUCCGGUAAUCGCUGUUGGAUGUGUCCCCAGGUCACAGGACUCUCUAUAUAGGGGUCCACGUCCCCUUGGGCAGCACCAGGCACCGCAGCCAUCGCAGGCACCGUCACCAUGGAAAUAAACUCAAGAAGAGGAGCAAAGACCGGACCCUCACCUUGGUGGAGGGUAGAGAGUCUCCUGUUUACGGUACUGGACGCAGGCGUUUAUGCCACUGUUUGUUGUAUCUCACUGACUAUGAAUGCUUUGAACAACUCAGUCUCUAUUCCUUGUGCUUUCAGACACACCCUCUCAGAGAGUCCAGUUCCUUCUGGGUACUGAGGAUGACGACGAGGAGCACAUUCCUCAUGACCUCUUCACAGAGAUGGAUGAAAUCUGUGCGAGAGAUGGCGAGGACUCAGAGUGGAGGGAAAGUGCCCGGUACUGUCAUCAACAUUAGUAUCUACAUAUGACCUACAUGUUGUUACUGGAAACUCUGAUUGGAUGGACCGACUGUGUCCAUGAUCCCACUUACACUGAUGAGAGAUGUAGCUGUGUGUGUCUCAUGUUUGGGUUUCCAUUGCAUUAAGUAAUUGCUAUUCAUCGCUGUAAUUGCUUGGGGAGGAAUGAACUUUUAAGACUUUUCCUUGUUUGAUCAAAAUAUAUGGUUUACUGGAAUCCUGUUAUUUGUGCAUCUGCAGAAAUGGUGAAUCAAGUGUGUUUUCUGUAUAGUGAUACCCAGGGUGAUAGACAACAAGAAAUGAGAGUAAAAGAGUCGAUCUGAGACUGAUAUUAAACAUAGAAGAGCUAUCCAGAAUGAAAUGUUUUUACUGCAGCUAGAACAGAUGGCCAGACAGUUUUGCCAUCUGCUUGCUCGUUCUGACCGGUACUUACGGCACUCCUGUUACAGGUGGCUGAAGUUUGAGGAGGAUGUUGAGGAUGGGGGAGAGCGAUGGAGUAAACCCUACGUAGCCACUCUGUCUCUGCACAGCCUGUUUGAGCUGCGGAGCUGCAUUAUCAACAGCACUGUGCUGCUUGACAUGAGGGCGAACUGCAUUGAAGAGAUUGCAGGUAACUGGUGAAAGGAGGAACUGAGAAGCACUGUUUUCUUGGUGCUAUUUCCAUUUAUUUGAUGUAGUGUUGUGAGGCUACUAAUCUCAUUCAUUUGACUAAAAUGGCAUUUGAGUGUGGAUUAUCUGCUAUGAAACCUCUCGACCUCUAGUUAUGAAACACGCUGAACCUAAAACUGAUCUUUACACAAGGCUUAAAGGGGUAGUUCUGUUUUUUAUAUUUUUAAGUGAGAUGAGACUGUAAUUGUAUCACUGACAGGAGAUGCCAGUCAGCUCAGCCCCUUUGUUGAGCAAGCUUGGCGAUCAACUGUUUCAGACAGGGCCAGGCCCACCACAUAAUUUAGCUGAUUAUGUUGGUCUCCAAUCAUAGAACCAUUCUCCAUUUAAGCUCUAAAUCUGUCACUGCUUUAUUUUGCUGUCAGGAGGCCCAGUCAUUUUUGCACUAUUUCCGGACACAACACAUAUAGCCUAUGUUCCUCUGCCUUAUUGGGUCCACAAAUAUUCAAGCCACUGAUACAUAGUGAGUGUCAAGAGUAUUUUUGCACUCUCUGUUUGAUGUAGUUUAAGAGCCAAAUGCCAAAGAUUAUCUGCCAGACACAAUGAUGGCUGUAGGGGUUUUAUAUUUCAGCUCGGUCUUCAACAGCUAACAAAAAUAUAUUGUCUACAUCGUUGAGUAUGAUUGUUGAGCAAAUAAAAAAACAACGAGAGCUGAAAGGCCUUUUUUGGUUUCCCCUGAAUAUAAAAGGAAGUUUGUAAAAAAGCAAAAUAAAACAAAAAAGGGACAUUCAGCACAUCAGGGAAAUUUUAAUCAAUCAACCAAUCAGUCUUUAUUUGUACAGCACUUUUCAUACAAAACCAUGUAAGACAAAGUGCUUUACACAGCAGAGAAAUAAUAGAAACAAAGAAUACCCGAAUCUACCCCAACCCAGCCCCUCAUUCCCACCCCCGAUUGAAGCACAACAGAAACAUGUAUUAAAAUGCAUUAACUUGGAAAGGGCUGAAUUUCAAAGAAACAGGAAUAUGUGCGCUGAGGAAAAGCCAUUUUAAAAUUCAAGAUAAGAAAACACUGGAGGUUAGUUUAAAAUCUAAAAACCACAGGAGCAUAAAAUUAAAUUGAGGAAAUAAAUAAUUAAUAAAAUGAAAUAAAAACAACAGUAAAAGAUACUAAAAUAAGAGCAUCAAAAAUAGCUCAAUUAAAGACAAUCCUGUCAUUAAAACUAGAAAGAGAUAAAUGUGAAAACACCCAAAGUUAAGUUAAUGAUAUAAAAUUUAGUUAAAAGCAAGACUAAAAAGGUACGUUUUAAGUUUGCUUUUAAAGCCUUCAACUCUAAUUCCUCACAUUCUGGUGAUCUGCUGAUUCUGGUAUGAUCUGCUCUUUCUCACAAGGUAAUUUCAGAAUACUAUGAAUCAAAUCAAGAAUUAGUAAUUAGUAAUAUCUAAUAAUAUUAGAAUUAGUAAUAUCAUAACAUCAAGUUGCUUUAGUAUGCCUCCCUGCUACAGCUGUGUGCCUAAUGAAAAAAAAAAAUCUGUAUCCAUGCAAACACCACAUCAAUGAGUAAAAGUAGUUUUACCAUUUCAUGCAGUAGAAGCUGAUUGCUUCCAUUUACACAGUGAUUAUGAAACAAAGUGCUUUAGUGGUGUUAAUCCCACUUAAAAGACACUGAUGUUCACAUGGCAUAUACUGUAUGUAUUAAUGGUUUAUGCCUUUUUGUUCCAGACAUGGUGUUGGACCACCAGGAGCUGUACUCACCACUGGGAGAUGAGCUCAGAAAGAAAGUUCAUGAGACACUGCUUAAGCGCCAUCAUCACCAGAAUCAGAAGAAGCUGGCCAAUCGCCUGCCGAUUGUGCGCUCCAUCGCUGACAUAAGUCGAAAGACAUCAGAUAUGCACCUGGAUAAGAACGGUGAGGAAACAGAGGAGCUAGGAUUUUGUCUCCUGAAUCUGAAGAGGUUACAGGACACAUGAAUAUUUGAGACUUUUCUCAACUGAGUCCCAUCGCUUUGCAAGUUAAAGAGGUUGGAAACCACUGCUUUACUAAAGACUGGAAUAAACAUGGGCAGCAGUUGUUUUUUCACAUAGAUACUCUGCAAAUAUGCAAUAUGUGUGUUUGUCUUGUAAACAUAUGGUCUUAAGUUGUGUACAUUUCCGUCUUUUCUUCAUAUCUGAUCCCAUCCACCACCCACCAUCUGCCCACCAACCUGCCACAGCCCCACUGAAGUCAACAGGUGCAGUUUAUUCAGAACACCCAUGCCCUGUUACCAGCUUACACUUAAAUAACAUAUUGACAAGGAGGAUAUUCACAUGAUUUGUGUUGCGAUUCAUAUUAAGCUGCUUUUGUUGACUACGAGUUGAUUAGGAGAUUAACGUUAAAAAAAGAAAAGCUCCAUGAAUAUGCAGUUUGUUGCUGAUUUUACACAUUAUUGAAUUUCUGGGAUAAAUAUAGCCGUCGACUGGCUUGUAAAUGGAAGUGCUACUUGCCUCUGUAAUUGCCAGCAACAUUUGACAAGAAUCAGGUUUGCCAACAGUCCUCAUGGCAAAAUUAGUGACACUCGACACAUCAAACGCUUUAAAUUAUCUGGUAGUUUGUGAGACGUCUUUGUGGCACAUUAUGAACUGUUUGAUUUCAUUUUCAAGCUCAUUUCAACGCAGAUAGAAGCUCUUCAUCAUGCCUUGUGGGAGUAUUGAGGUUCAGUUUUUGACCCUGCUGUUCAAUGAAUACUGAAACAAGGCCAGGCAGCUUGGCGGUGAUCAGAUUAUUAUACAGGAAACAGAUGGUUGAAUUAAGGAUGCACAGGUAAAAGCAUAUGUGUUAUUCUAACCCAUGUCUUACCCUCUGGAGUGAAUCUGUAUCCCUGUAAAUCUUUAACUCUCAUUAUUUGAUCACCAAUGAUUGAGUUUCUGAAAUGUUGAUAAAGAUCCGUAUUGAUUAUUUUUCUCCUAUCUGAAUUAUCCAGGUCAGAUGACGGCCUCCCAGUCCCACUUAGAUGCCAAAGGAGACAUCAGUAGAGACAACAGUUCUGUGGACUUCAGCAAGGUGAAACACACACAGACAUACCUGAGUUUCUCUCUAUCUUUGCAUCGUAUCAGAAGUCUUGUGCUUCAUAUCAGAUUCAGAGGAAUUUCUUUCACUUUUUAUUAUCAUUUAAUGAUUGUGUUUCAUUACCGAUAGAGCUCUAAAUCUUCCAAUUUAAAGCCAGAGAGGUUCCAAGGGUGCUUAUUUUUGUACAGUUUAAGGUUACACAGUUUUAUACAAAAAAAAAAAAAAACACCGUAAAUGUCAGCACCCCAACCACCCACCCACAGGACUUGUACAACUCGUACUGUGAGAAAAUCUAUGUCAAAUAUCUUCCAGAGCUUGGACAGAAUUGAACAAAGUAGGUCUUGUUGAAAGUAUCACAGCAACCGCAAUGAAACCAUGUCUUGAUUAAAGGAAGGGCAUUUGGUCUUUUCAGCCAGGAAUUAUAAAAUGGGAGUUUUGGAUUUUACCAAUGAAUUUAAAUACGCAUGCAAACCACAAGAGAGGAGAAAGCAAUGAAAUUUCUCUCUCCAGUAAAAUCCUCAGAAAUACCAAAAUGAGAGAUUAAAGGGCUGGGAACAACAGGCCCACUACAGGCUUUUUUUAAACUGCAACUGAAUUGUUUGGAGCCUCUUCACCCACCUCCACUGGUCACUGGUCUUGAAUUGAGAGUCUUUCAAAGAGGACUCUACAAGGAUAUAACCUAAUGACUGAGAAAAGCUGUAAAAGGUGGCGCUGCCAGCUCGUCCAUGCAGCUGUGUAUUCCAGCAUGUUUUAUGCAGCAAAGCAGCUGUUUGCAUUACUAAAUAAAUGGGGACAUUUUUAUAAUCAUGUCAGGCAGUCUUAGUGAUGCAUGUUGGGAAUGAAACUUAAGCGAGUUAAGUGGUAUCUUCCAGGUAAGAUACCAUAACCCAGUUACAUGCCUCUGCAUUUUAUACUGGUAUACUGGUUUCCCUUCAGCUCACUUUUAGAUGUAAACAAAUGUAAAAAAAAAGGAACUUAAGCAAACUAUGAACAGUGAGAAAAUACAUCUAUAAAAGUAUAUUUUUCCUCAUAAUUUCUUGAUUCGAUGUAAAGGAGUCUGCCUCAGUAUCUAAAGGAACUUAAGCACCAGAGGCGCUGCACUGAUAUGGUCGUUUACUUUCAUAUAACAGAAUCCAAAUCUGAUCUCCCCAUGAGGUUAUGACAUAUUUGUUAUGAGAAGAGUUAUUUGGGUCUUUCAAACAAAGAACAGCAGGUUACUGUUGGUAUUUUUAAUGGAAAGGUCAGGGAUUAGGAUUAUAACCAUGUUAAGUAUUAUAAAAAUCAUUCAGCACUGAUGGUAACCAGACAGAAAACACAGAGAUAAAACCCCUCAGUCUGGAACCUUUUGUUCAGGUCAAUAUUCAACCGUUUUAUAUUCUUUGUUCGCUGCAUGAAAGCAUUUAUAAACAGGUGCUUUGCUUUAAGUGUGUGAAUUGAAUCAAACAGAUAAUACACAGUGGCCUUUCUCCUGCUCCUACAAUCUAACACAACACGUUUUUUUUGCCACAGAUAUAUCUUCUUUUUCAAAGCAGUCUGAGUUUAAUUCUUAGUCCAUCCAUGUACUAAUAAUAUUCUUUUGGAUGCUUCUAAUAUGAGAGCUAUAUGAGCCGUACGAAACAUAUUAAGGAGAGAACAACACUCCAGUCAACAUUGGCUAACUCCACAUAAUUAUCGCUGAAAAAUCAACACCUUCUAUGAUCAAGAUUUUACUGUAAAUGGAAGACGAACUGCAUCAAUUAGACACAGUUAAAGAGAAAGGACCACUAGUUCAUAGUCAGAGCCACUCCCUGUAGACUUUAGGCUCUGUUCUCAUGGGAAAUUAAAGAUUAUGUAUCAUAUAUGAAAUAUUAUGCAACAAAUCAUUACAUCUUUUCAUCAUUUCAUCAACAUCCAGUCAUCUUAUGUAAUAUUUAUAGAAACACAUCCGUGACUUAUUUAAAUGUUAUAUAUGUGAUGACAGACAAAGCUUAGACAGCUGGGCCAGAAACCAAUCAAAUCAUGUCAGUAUAGAAAGUCCCUGAAUAUAAAACUAAGCAUAGAAAAAUGAUGCAAACACAGACGGUUGUUUUUAACUGACAGGCUCACAGGACAGAGUGUUAAUUGUCUUUGGUAUAACAUGCUUUUAUUAUCCGCUUCAAUUUGUCCUCUUUCAGAUAGAUCUUCAUUUCAUGAAGAAGAUCCCUCCCGGGGCUGAGGCGUGUAACGUGUUGGUAGGAGAGCUUGAAUUCCUGAAUAAGCCCGUGGUGGCGUUUGUACGUCUUUCACCAGCAGUGAUGCUCAGCGGGAUGUCUGAGGUCCCCAUCACAACAAGGUUACUGCAAACUGAUCUAACUAUGCCAGUUUCAUUCCCACUAUAAUUUCAUCUUAUUCAUGCCACUGAAACAUUUCUGGUGCUCUCUGAUGUUUUUUUUUCUGUCAGAUUUCUGUUUAUUCUCUUGGGGCCGAUGGGCAGAGGGCCUCAGUAUCAUGAGAUUGGAAGAUCUAUUGCAACACUCAUGACAGACGAGGUAAAGAUUCGCUCAAGCAGCGUGUGUUACAGUGAUGGUUUGGUGUAGGAUUUAUUUAUUUCUCGACUUGGAUUGGUUUGAAUGUCAACCAGAUGUCAUAUUCAGAUUUUCUGCAGGCACUAUGCAUAAAUUCACAGUCCAGCAGAACUCAACAAAUUCCCAAAGUGAUGGAACAUUUCUCAGCAUGAAACACAGCUCAAAGCUUUUUAUGAAAAUCAUGCGUUUGGCGAUUAGUCAUCCCUCAUGUCCUCCUUUUUGUUUGGGAUUUAGGCUGCCAUCCAUCAUCACUGAGGAAAAGAUGGGCCUUGACAGAAUCCAAACUUUGUUAUAGUCUUUUUGGACUCAGUAGUUCUCAUGAAAUUUUAUAAGUGGGAACUAUGAGUCAGUGGUUAAGAAGUUGUUAUUUUGGACUUGGAUUUUGUUGAGUCUUUUUAUGGUAAAUCCUUUGCAUGUUUAUUUUGGUUAACUGCAUCCAAAAACAUGAAUGUGAAUGUCUUGGCGCAGCGUGCGCACUGAAAAGAGCAAAAGACUGAGUCCCACACUUGAUGUCUCAGUGAUAUCACCUGUUGGUUUUUGAGGCAGUGAAGCCCAAUGAUGGCAGCCACCAUAUUGAAAACACUGAACCAGCCUAACCUUUGGUUAACAAGCUGUAAAGAGGUAGAGUUAAGACAGCCACACCCCUAAUAUCUUCAAAACACAAGUGUAGAAAUAAAGCAGACUUUUUGGCACCUUGAAACAAGGUGGAAUUUAAUCCAAAAAGCAAAAUUGCCAUUUCAGUUUGAAGGUUGAUAAGGUUUCCUGUUUUUUUGUGAACCAGUCUGAAGUGGAUACUCAAAGAAAUGCGGUAUUUAGCACUUCUGCAUAUGCUUUAAUUUUUCUUUAACAUCAGAGCUUGCUGCUUACACCGCAAAAACUCCAACCUUUGCAAGUCUUUUGUUUUAUUUCCGUAACAAAAAUUUACUUACACUUACUGUAAUAGUAGUCACAUUCACCUAGCUAGACCAGGAGCACAUCUUAUUUUUAGACAGUAGAUGCCAAAAUUAAACAAGUGUUUUUUUCUCACCACACUGUCAGAUUUUUAUUUCUUUACUCCUUUCAAACAAAUCAAGGCUUACUUUUGUGCUGAUAUUCAGUCUGUUCAGCCCACAUUUUUAACAAGAAAUGACAUGAAAACACUUGUUCAGUUUGGAGUUUUUGCAGCGUAGACAUUUUUUGUAUCCAGGUUUUCCAUGAUGUUGCCUACAAAGCUAAAGACCGAAAUGAUCUGAUCGCUGGGAUCGAUGAAUUCCUUGAUCAAGUGACCGUCCUGCCCCCCGGAGAGUGGGACCCAUCUAUACGGAUAGAGCCACCAAAAAAUGUUCCGUCUCAGGUAUGUUUUAAUGUACAAGUACUCUUUUCAUUUCCUGGUUUUCUCUCUUUUUUGAUUUCUGUGAAAAUACUAUUUUUUUAAACAGGAGAAAAGGAAGAAAAGUAAUAUCUUACCAAAUGGACUAGUGGAGGGUGAAGAUGAGGAAGAGGACAGUGGUCAUGGGGGUCCAGAACUGCAGCGAACUGGAAGGUGGGGGAAACACAAAGGGAAAUAACUAGAGGAAAUCAGACUUAUAUAAUAUAUUAUAAAUAUUUUAAUUCUCAGGGGGAAAUUGGGAGCAAAGACCCUAAAGAAAACAGUAAAUAGGAUUUUGUAUUUUUAAUUUUAAAGUCAACAAAUAAACACUGGGCCAUAUCUGGGUAAACUCAGUCCAUGGUUUAAAUGAUAGAGUGGUUUCCAUAGAAACAUCCUUCCUGGUUAUAUCUAUUUGCAGCUAGACUUUCCUGUCAUUGGAUCAUAUCACACUCAGCCAUGCUCAAGAAUUGAACCCCGGAUGAAAACCAAUGGUGGGAAAGCAAGAGAGGACAAAUUCUCGCACCUAGAUAAAGCUGUCAGAAUGAAAAUCUUGCUUUGUACAAGUGAAUUAUUUCUGCAUUUGCAGGUGGUUUGGUGGUCUCCUCUUGGAUAUCAAGCGGAAGACACCCCACUACCUAUCCGACUACACUGACGCUUUCAGUUUACAGUGUGUGGCCUCUUUCCUAUUCCUCUACUGUGCCUGUAUGUCUCCUGUCAUCACCUUUGGAGGACUACUGGGCGAGGCAACAGAAGGACGCAUAGUAAACCUCACUCUCCUCCCUCUACAUGUUCUGAUGAUGUACACUGUGCUAGCUUUUAAGCAUAUCAAACCUGUACAUCAAACUUGGUAAAGAUUUGAACUCAACACUACACUUCCAAACUUUCAUGGUCUUUUCCCUUUCCACAGAGUGCAAUUGAGUCACUGUUUGGAGCCUCGCUGACUGGAAUUGCCUACUCUCUGUUCGCCGGGCAGCCCCUCACCAUCCUGGGCAGCACAGGGCCGGUGCUCGUAUUUGAAAAAAUACUGUUCAAAUUCUGCAAGUAUGUUUACCUGUUUGCGUAAAUAAUCUCAUUAACUGACAGAUGACUUCAGGUUAUUUUCAGCAAUUGGCACAUUGCAUAAUGUGUUAUUGCAUUGUCCUUUGCACAUCGGCUUGCUGAGGGAUAAUUUCUGUUUACUGCCUGUCCAACACCUGGCGUCAAAGAGAUCAUUCGAUGCUCUGGAUGUAUGCAUUAGAAACCAUUCAACAGCAUUAAUCACCACAUGAUGCGGUUUGAUGCAUUAUCUCUACACAGGGAGUAUGGUUUGUCCUAUCUGUCCCUGAGAACCUGCAUUGGUCUGUGGACGGCUUUCCUUUGUAUCCUGCUGGUGGCUACUGAUGCAAGCUCCCUUGUUUGCUACAUCACGCGUUUCACAGAGGAAGCCUUCGCCUCGCUCAUCUGCAUCAUCUUCAUCUACGAGGCCUUGGAGAAACUCAUCCACCUGGGGCACAACUAUCCCUUCAACAAGAACAACAACCUGGACAAACUCACCACCUACUCGUGCGUGGAUACUCGUUCUCACAUACCGCGCUGUCCAAAGCCGUGAAAAAGAAUAAUUGCUGCAUGCAUUUCUUGAAAGCUACUGUAAAUCCCUGACAAAUGAAGGAUUAUUUAGUCACCCAGAUGUUCAUGUGCUUCCACAGAUGUUCAUGCGUCGAGCCCUCUGACCCAGGCAAUGGCACCCUGAAGUACUGGGAAAUUAACAACGUCACUCCCUCAGAAAUCUAUUGGGAAGCUCUGGAGGUCAAGGUACGAUCGUUACCAACUUUGAGAUGUGGCCAAACUAAACAAAAAAUCCUAAACAAACUAAAAGUGGAUGUGUUAGUCAUAGUCGAGGCUUUUAUAACCAAAUAACUGCAGGAACUGUUGGGUAAGACAGAGAGGUUGAAAUGAACACAUUUGGAUUUUCCACCUUAAAGUGGCAUGCUCUCCCAGAUGGAGGAAACUGAACAUAGGAGAUUAAGGGCAUGUAGGCAGGAUUAUAUUGGAUUAUUCUUUGCAAAUCACUAUAAAAGCACAUUUUGUUGUACUCAGUUAAGUUUUUUUUGUUCUCAUAAGCCAUGUAAUAGGAAACCGAGAGUCUUGCCAAGCACUCUUGUGCUCCUCAUGGAGUGAUGCAUCUCAGUAACUCUGCUCUGUCAUUGUCCAUGUAGGACUGUAUCGAAAAGAAAGGGGAGUUUGUGGGCAGCGCCUGUGGCCCUCAUGGACCCUACGUUCCUGAUGUCCUCUUUUGGUGUGUCGUCCUUUUCUUCUCCACCGUCUUCAUGUCCUCUUUCCUAAAGGAGUUCAAGUUCAGCAGCUACUUUCCCACAAAGGUAUCAAUUAUCAUCACAUCAGAGUCUACUAUGAUCCAGACAUGGCAAGAAAAAAGACACUGCAGAUUCUAAACAUGUCUUGAGUUGAAGACUACAAUGCAGGGGUACACUCUAGUGGUCAAGUAUAGGCAUUGCAUCUAAGAAACAUGAAGAAGAGGAAAUGUCAUAUCCUGUUAUUCUGUGGUUUCUUUUUUUGUGGUUGUUUAAAUUAGGUGAAAUAAUAGGGGCAAAUGUUUUUUAAUCAUAUAUUUAUUGGCAUUUUCAGUUUGAACAUAAACAAAUCACAUGUUGAAUAAAUGUACAUAAUAAAUCCCCCCAGUCCCUCCCUCGCCACCCCAUGUUGCCAGAUCCUCUAAAAUGAGUAUAAAGCGAGAAAGAAAAUAAAUGCAUAAAUAGUAAUAAUAAUAAGGAUAUUAAUAAAGAUACAUUACACUGUAAGUUAUCCUGAACAUAUAAUGUAAAGAAAGGGUAUUGCAAAAAAAAAAAAAAAAACAGGUUCCAGAAAGAGAAAUACAAAUUAAAUUGAAAUAAUGAUGAAGAAAAUAAAAUUGAAAAAGAAAGAAAGAAAGAAAGAAAGAAAGAAAAACACUGUUCACCAUAUGUGCAGAUUUAUCUACACUGUUUCUAUGUUAAAUGCAGCUAGGGCUGUAGCCAUGUUGGGUCUGGAGGAAUCUCAGUUUGCGAUGGUGGUAAGGUUGUCAAAGUAAGUCAGAAAAGGCCUCCCCCAACCUGAGUAGAUUUCUCCCUAUUACCUCUCACACUAAAUUCAACCCUUUCCCAUUUAAGAUUUUCCAGAUCAGUAGUAUUUGUAAAGUUGUAAAGGCCACAACAUUACACAUUUUUGAUGGCCAGUCACAUUCCACAGGUCUUAGACCAAAUAUGGCUGUCAAAGGAUGUGGAUCUACAGUUAUAUUGAAAACAUUACUCAAAGAGUCGAAUAUUGUGUUCCAAAAUGUAUGGAGGGUGGGACAUGUCCAGAACAUGUGUAAUUAGGUCGCCAGUGCACAUUUGCACCAGUCAUACAUAUGGUCAACGUUGGGGUAAUUCUUGGCUAGUUUAGCUUUGGUUAAGUGGAUGCAGUGAACACUUUCAAAUUGUAUGAGGCCAUAUCUACUACAUGAAGAGGAUGAAUGUAGCAGCCUAAAACUGCCUUCCACAAAUUGUCGGAAUAGGGUCAAAUGUUUUAUCUGCAUUUUAACUAUUUCCCAUGUUUUCUCCCACACUAGGUGAGGUCCAUCAUCAGUGACUUUGCUGUUUUCUUCACAAUCCUCACCAUGGUGUUAGUCGACUACGCCUUAGGGGUCCCUUCUCCAAAACUACAAGUCCCCAGUGUGUUUAAGGUGACCACUUCAAAAAUGUUGUCGACAAAUGUUUAAGGAAACUGAUCAGUUCUCAACAAGCUACUGACUAUUGUUCCAUAAAACUACCCUGCUUUUGUUUUCAGCCAACCAGAGAUGAUCGAGGGUGGUUCAUCAACCCCCUGGGGCCUAACCCGUGGUGGACAGCAGUCAUAACGGUCAUCCCAGCUCUGCUUUGCACCAUCCUUAUCUUCAUGGACCAGCAGAUCACAGCUGUCAUCAUCAACAGGAAGGAACACAAACUCAAGGUGCUCUCAAACCUUGAACCCUGGUCACACACCACAUUUGUAUAACAUGUCCUCUCAUGAAGUGCUUCAAAUGGUUUUUAUUUACUGGUACUGCCCCCCUUUCAGAAAGGCUGUGGGUACCACCUGGAUCUCUUCAUGGUUGGGAUAAUGCUCGGCGUGUGCUCUUUGAUGGGUUUGCCCUGGUUCGUAGCAGCCACCGUCCUCUCCAUCUCCCAUGUUAACAGCUUGAAGCUUGAAUCGGAGUGCUCGGCUCCGGGGGAGCAGCCAAAGUUUCUUGGCAUUAGAGAGCAACGCUUCACUGGCCUUAUGAUCUUCACCCUGAUGGGCUGCUCUGUCUUCAUGACAUCUGUGCUGAAGGUCAGACUCAGUCUCCUUGUUGUUUGUGUGCAGUUUUCACUCCGUAUUAUAGAGUGUGAAAUAAAUGAUCCCUCUGUUAGCUCUGAAGAUUUGGCUCUGAGGUUGUUUAACAGUCAUUGAUUACAUUAUAAUAGAAACAGUCUGUUUAAACACUAACAGUCUCACAUUCAUAUGAUAAAGCCAGGGGAACUUUUGCAUGAUCUGGUUCUUUAUCUUUUAGUCUUUUGUUGUUUCCAUUGUGUUGUCAUUGAAUUUGGAUUCUCUGAGUUUAGCAUCCCUUUACAUGCUUUUUAACAAUAUUCACACAAACUGAUUAAAUACAUAUUAGUGUUACUGACGGAGCUUGUGUUUCCCCUCAGUUUAUUCCCAUGCCUGUGCUGUAUGGAGUUUUCCUUUACAUGGGAGCAUCUUCGCUCAGAGGCAUUCAGGUAAACAUCUUUACAAUUUGCUGAAAUCAAGUGAAAAAACCUAAGUAGAGGUCACUUGCCUCACAAACAUUGAAUAAGACUAACUCUGCAGUCUGCAAGUUGCCAAGGUUUAAGUGCACUAAAUCGAACCAACAGAUGUUCAGAGUAGAAAGCAUCACCCAGCUAAUAGAUUAACUGGAAUCACACUGAGUUUUUUGGGGUGUUGCCUAGAGUUAAUGUUUAAAAUAAGCCUUUCAGCAGUCGUCUGAUUAGACUGACAUUUGUUCAGCGUGGUUUGGGUUUAAUUUGUAGAUGCUCCUGCUGGAUAAUCUGUGUAGACAGCUAAUUCUCACCAAGCCAUGAUAGGGGCUCGCCUCCAUAUUGUCUCGCUGCCCAGAUAAAAAGUGUUAAUUGGCCUCUAGUGUGUUCUCAGCAUUUACUGAACACCUGACUAUUAUUUAAUUGCCCUGUUUACUUCUUUUUUCUUCACUUUAAAAAACUGGCUAUUCUUGGGUUUCAGAGAUAAAUUCAAAUAAAGCUCAACAUUUUAUAAAAGCAUUUUAUUGCAUAGGUGAAAUUGUUGCCUUUCUGAUCUAAUUUUACUUUAACACAUAAGCACAGAGAAAAAUUCAGCCAGAUCGAUGCCUGGGAGGCUGCGAAAAAAGCUGCAAGUUAUGACCUAAAACACACCAAAAGCUGCAGUUUUGCUCAAAGGCACUGCACACUUUUACGGCUUUGAUGCAAUUUUGUCACUCUCCCGUGUUUGGUUUUGGCCACAGUUUGAGCCGACUGUGCAAAAUCUCAGCUGGCACAGUAAUUGUAAUGGUGGUAAACAUAGAGGAGCAUGCAGCUUCUACACAGAAAGGUAUGUCCAUUAGAAAGACACAAACUCCAGUCCAGCUGCGUGUUUGUUAUUAUGCUCUGUAAUUGCUAGAUGUGUGCACAAGCAACUCUUUAGUUCCAGUGAUAUGUUUAAAAUGUGUCUCUGCUGCCCCGCAGUGGCAGGAAAUUAGUCAUUACAGUUUUUGUUCCUUUAUUUUUCUCAACAAGUUCUUUGAUCGUCUGAGGCUGUUUGGGAUGCCAGCUAAGCAUCAGCCAGACUUCAUCUAUCUGCGACACGUUCCCCUGAGGAAGGUGCACCUUUUUACCAUCAUCCAGCUCACCUGUUUGAUCCUGCUCUGGGUCAUCAAGACCUCCAGGGCUGCAAUUGUCUUCCCCAUGAUGGUAAGCAGUCACCCCACGCCCUUUUCGUUCAUGAUUCAACCGUUUUUUGUCUGUUUCAUACAGUUAAUAUCAAUACAUUAAUCAUGCUCUUUAUUGUCUCUUGUCCGGACUCUGAUGUGUAAUUGUGUUUGCAGGUGCUGGCUUUGGUGUUUAUUAGGAAGCUCAUGGACUGUUUCUUCACCAAGAGAGAGUUAAGCUGGUUGGACGACCUCAUGCCAGAGAGCAAGAAAAAGAAGCUUGAGGAUGCUGAAGAGGUACUGUAGUGCUAAUAAAUACAUACAUAUAUACAAAUGCUUGUGUUAUCUACAUAUACUUGUACCUGAAUUUUAACAUUUGUUUGUCAAAUUUAAAGGAGGAGGAGCAGAGUAUCCUUGGAGAGGAUGAAGGAGUAGUGCAAGUGCCAUUAGAAGGGUACAAGUAAGUUAAAUAGUGCUUACAAAGUUUUACAUUGUCUGUGAUUUUUUUCCUUUAUAAAGAUAAAAAACUUAUUUAUUUGUUAUUUUUUCUUUCCACAGAGGUAUACCCGUCAUCAAUAUCACUGAUGAAAUGUCAAAAGGUUCUUUUGGAAAUACUUGGACAGCCAACAGCUAAGACAUUUGAGACGAGGUUUCUAAACAUUAUGGUAAGCUUUUUGUUUUUUAAAUGAAGCUCACUCAUGCACAUAUUUCUGAUCAAGUUAGCUGUGAUUAAAAAGGAAAUUACAUGUAUGUCUCCUUAAUUUACAGCAUUAUUUGGCUCACAAACAAAAAUGAGUUAACAGCUAAACAACAAAGUCUAGCUUCCAUAGUAAGUGCCAAUAAAAACAAGUUCACAAUCAUAACAUGGAAAUAACAUUUACAGCUGUCUAUCAGUAACACCAAUGCAAACUUAAGGCUUGUGUCCAUUGAUGGCGUUUUUGCACUUACAGCCCCUAAUUUUAGUUUAGAGCGUUCUUCAUCAGCGUUUACUGUUGCUAGGUUACAAAAGUUGUCCCCUGGUACUUCUGCUACAGAAAGCUGUAAGCCUCAUAUUGGUGAUUGUUCUACUACAUGUACAAAGACAUGAAAACAACUGGUAGAGACUGUGUCCUACCAUCUGAAACCCUGGUAUCUUUAACCCUGUAAAACAAGUGUGGGUAGUUUGUUCAUGCAUACCUCAUCUGUUAUUAAUAAAGUUUAAUCAAAUCUUUUUUUUUAUUUAGUUGGUGUUGGAAUAGUAACAUUUAUGAGCACAGCAGUUUUCUACAAGUUUUACUAAUAUCAACUGAGAGUGCUGUGAGCAGAGCAACAACAACAACAACAACAAAAAAUAACAACAAAAAGGGGAUGACAAUGAGGGCAUUUGUGUGCUUAGGCUGCUGAAAUAGGCACCAAGAGUCCCAAAAAUGCCUUUAGUAGACACAGGCCCUUGUUUGCAGGCUGUAACCUGCAUCUUCAACUUGUGUGCAAACUGCAUUCAAAAAAUAAAGUGUUAUAUAAAUUUAGAAGGUCAACUAUAUAUGUACUCUAUUGGGGUUUUCAUGGGUAAGGGACUAUCAGUGUAGGUGCCAGUUUUUGGCUUUUGUAUUGACAAAUCAACAGAUGAAAUCCAGACUUCCUCUCCUGAGCUGUACCACUUGGUGACCAGAUUUAUCUCUCUGACCUUUUAAAACCCCCAUAUUUCAUCUCGGACUCUCAGAUCCUCUGACCAGCGCCUUCUGACUGUCCCUCGGUCAAGAUUAAAGUUCAGGGGUGACCGGGCUUUUUCCGUUGCUGUGCCUAAGCUCUGGAAUGCUCUUCCUCUUAAUGUCCGACUUUCCCCCUCACUGCCUGUUUUUAAAUCAAAUUUGAAAACGCACUUUUACGCCCUGGCUUUUAACUCCUGAGAACUUGGCCUUUUAAUCAUGUUUUUACUGAACCAUCUAUGUCCCCCUGUUUUUAAUGUGUUCCUGUGUCUUGUUUUAUUGGUCAUGUUAAUUGUCUGGAUCUUUUUAUUUUGUUUUUAAUUUUACUGUACAGCACUUUGGUCAGCGCUUUGUUGUUUUUAAAUGUGCUACAUAAAUAAACCUGGAUUGGAUUGGAUUGGAUGUCCAUGAAUAUACUGAAUAUUAACAACACAUAUAUCUUACCUUUCUUCAUAGUUCACAACCAAGCUCACAAUAUUCCAAGGCGAGAACUGGGGAUGAAGACGAUUGAGGGCAGUGUUGUGUGUCUUUGUCACUGUCCCUUCUGUGUGAUCACAAAUAAAUCUUUGUGGUGUGCUACAUUUUACUGAUCCUUCAAGUGCAGCCAUGUAAAUCACUCUGGGUUAGUGAGUAACUGUUAUCUUUUAUCGUGUUGUUCAUGUCAAGAAGUCUUUGUUAUUUCAAUGAUUGUACACAAAAAAUAAUUUAAGGUUGUCCUCUGAGAGUUUUUGGAUUGAUUUGUAUUUAUUUUGUUAUAUUCUUUGUAUUUUGAAAUACCAUAAUAUCAUAUCCUUGAGAUCAUAGAUAUUUAUUUAUUAAUUCCCUAUAGUUCUCUAUUAAGUAACUUAUUUGUAGACUUUGAUGUGAAAUGUAAUAUGAUGACCUAGUAAGUAUUAAAAAAGACUAAAUGCCAUUCUUGAAGGUACAUAGCCAUACAUGAACAUAUCAACACUAACGAGAUGGAAGGCUUGUAUUAUUACAGAUUAUGUUGUAUUUUUUCAUGGGAUGGGACUGUCAUGAUCCCAUGGAGUUGAUUUUGAAUGUUGGUAAUGGGGCUUUGAAAAUUGAUAAAGGGCAAUAUAAAAUAUAUACACCUCUGUGAACAAAAUGCAAUAGCACUUUUAACCAGAAUGUCAAUAUUCUAUUUAUAAGACAACUUAUUCUGCUAUUUAUUUUGUGGAAUAUAAUAUAUAUUAUAUAUGUUUGCUGCAAAAUGGAGAUUUAAAGCUCUGUCCUUAGAUGUAAGUGCAUUGCUUAUAUUGUAAAUGGAAAUUUUAAGUGUCAUAAAUUGUUUAAAUGUUUAUAUCAAGUAUUACAAAUCAUGAAUCAAAAGCUUGAUCAUGCAGGCGUUUUAUCCUGAGGUCCACUUUGAAGCGGAAAAAGACCAAGAAAUGGUUUAUUUUUGAAGAGACAAAUAUACCAUGUACAGCUUGUCAAUGUUGCUUUAACAUAAUAAAAUUUUAAGAGCA